CACAAUGAGAAUAUUUUCGGAUAUAAAAGCGGAUAUGUUGAGUAAAUAGUAUCAGUUGUUUUCUAGCAACUGCUAAGUGAAUAUCCACAAUAUUUCUAUUAGCUUUUAAAUAUUUUAAACUUAUAAAAUGGCAAACAAAAAUAAUCUUCUUUUACUCUUCGAUCGGCCCCAGGAACCAGUUUUCAUGGGAAAAGGUAAAGAUGGAUCAGUUUUCGAUGUUCCUGACAAGUUUUUAACCGAUCGGUAUAAACCAAUUGGAAGUGAGAUUCAGUCAAAAUUUGGCGGCCCAAGCGGUAAAAGAAUCCCAGUUAAGGACAUUUCGGUACCGGAUCUAAGAAUCGUUACAUCGUUGGGUCGCGAUGAACAAUUCUCCUUAUUUAUUCCCCGUCAUCGUCGUAUUGCUGGACGUUUAAUCGAUAUUUUGGUAUCAGCACGUAACAUUGACGAACUGCAAAGUCUUGCUGUUUACAUAAGAGAUCGUGUAUGCCCAGUACUCUUUAAUUAUGGUCUUUCGGUUGCUCUAUUGCAUCGCCCAGAUACCAAGAAUCUUGACCUUCCAUCGUUUGUUCAAUCGUUUCCAGAUAAGUUUGUUGACUCGAAAGUUUUUAAUAAACUACGCGAGGAGGCUGUUAUUGUACCCGAUGGAUCACGUAUGGCAAUAUCUAUUCCCAUAGACUAUACUGCUUCGGAUCUUGACGAAGAGCAUCGGUUGUGGUAUUUCCGUGAGGAUCUGGGAAUAAAUCUUCAUCAUUGGCACUGGCAUUUGGUGUAUCCUUUUGAAGCAUCUAAUCGUGCAAUCGUGGCAAAGGAUCGUCGUGGUGAACUGUUCUAUUAUAUGCAUCAACAGAUCAUAGCUCGUUAUAACCUGGAACGUUUCAGCAACAAUAUGGCUAGAGUAAAGCGUUUCAACAAUUUUCGCGAACCAAUUGCUGAAGGAUAUUUUCCAAAAAUGGAUUCCUCGGUUGCUAGUCGUGCUUGGCCUCCUCGUUUUGCCAAUACAACAAUUAAGGAUUUGGAUCGUGAACUUGAUCAGAUAAAACUAGAUGUAUCUGAUAUUGAACGGUGGAGGGAUCGAUUCUAUGAAGCAAUUCAUCAAGGAUUCGCUGUUGAUGAAUCUGGUAAUCGUGUCCCACUGGAUGAAACUCGUGGUAUUGACAUCCUUGGCAAUAUGAUGGAGUCGUCGAUUCUUUCUCCAAAUCGCCAAUUCUAUGGAGAUCUUCAUAAUAUGGGCCAUACUUUCAUCUCCUACUCUCAUGAUCCCGAUCAUCGUUACUUAGAGUCAUUUGGUGUUAUGGGUGAUUCUGCUACAGCCAUGAGGGAUCCUGUAUUUUACAAGUGGCAUGCUCACAUUGAUGACAUAUUCCAAGAGUACAAAGAAAGUUUGACGCCAUACACUUUACCGCAGUUGAAUUACAGAGGUAUCACUGUAACUGGUAUUCAAGUUGCUCACAAAGGUGGAAGACCAAAUGUCCUGAACACAUAUUGGCAGCAAUCUGAUAUGGACUUAUCCCGUGGUAUGGACUUUCUUCAAAGUCGUUCCAAUGUUCUUGCCAGAUUCACGCACUUGCAACACGAUAAUUUCGAGUACACUAUCAAUGUUAAUAACGAGUCUGGAGCUCAACGUUUUGGAUAUGUACGUAUUUUCUUGGGUCCUAAGACUGAUGAACGUGGUCAGGCAAUGUUUUUUAGAGAUCAGCGACUUUUGAUGGUCGAACUUGAUAAGUUUGUUGUAUCUCUUCGUCCUGGUCAAACCACUCUUCGUCGAGUCUCCACCGAUUCGAGCAUAACGAUUCCGUUUGAAAGGUCUUUCCGUAACUUGGAUGAAAAUCGUCCAGCCGCGUUGUCAGCUAAUGAACUCGAAUUCAAUUUCUGUGGUUGUGGUUGGCCACAGCACAUGUUGCUUCCAAAAGGCCGACCAGAGGGCUUAAAGUGCGAGUUAUUCGUAAUGAUUUCUAACUACGACGAUGACAGGGUUGAUCAAGAUUUGGUUGGCAGUUGCAGUGAUGCUUCAUCUUAUUGCGGAGUCCGUGAUCGUCUGUAUCCCGAUCGUCGCGCCAUGGGCUUCCCAUUCGAUCGCUUGAGUCGCACUGGUUCUGAUAGAUUGUCCAAUUUUGUUACUUCAAACAUGCGAGUUAUUGAUGUUACUGUGAGGCACACUAAUACCACAACUGUUCGUCAGUAAACUCAACUACAAGGAGUGAAAGCAGUUUAUGUUUUUAACACUAAACAUCAAAUAAAAUUUUAAAGUUAACCAAAUACUACUUACAGAUGUAAGAGAUCAAUAAAUAAUGCAUAAAACUACCUGCUUAGGC